AUGAACGAAGAAAAUAUUAGCAUCAGCAAUGAAGAUUUGGCUGUUCUUGGAUUCUUUUUUGAAUUUUUGCAGGAGUCUGAGAAUGAUAAUGAAAACUAUACUGCUUUAAUUAAUACAAUUGUAACAAUCCCUCACAAAGGUGAUACAACAUGUUUAAAUUUAACGCUGCAAGAAUUCAUCCCAGAGCCCAAGGAUCUUGCACUCUAUUACCGAUAUCAAGGCUCUCUCACCACUCCACCAUGCAGUGAAAUUGUCACCUGGACACUGUUUACCAAAACAAUUAAACUGAGCAGAAGACAGUUUCAGGCUAUCUAUACCAGUCUGUAUUAUCAUGGAAAUAUGUCAAUGGUGGAAAAUUUUAGACCUGUUAACAAACUGGGAGCCAGACACGUGUUUACCUCAGACUCCAGAGCAUUAGUCUCAAUACUGUGUGGUUAUGUUUAAUAUUUGCCAAAUGUUAAAUAUAAAUGUAUGCAUGAAAUAUUUAUCAGUUAUUUAACAUACAAACUCCGUCCAGGGUUAUAUAUUUUCAUGUACAGAUUACUUAGAAAAAAAGCAUAAUUCAUUAAUGUGAUGCAAGUAUUACAUAUAAUGAAUGUUAAAAAUGGCAUGUAUUGUGUUGCAUAUAUAUGUAAAUCUUCGUAACCCUGGUGUUCUCCUUUCUACAAAAACACAAUUGACGGCUCUUGAAAAUUUCUUCUCGCCAAAUCUUUAGCCUCAAGCCACCUUUAAGGCAUUGCUCCAAUUAUGAACAGUUGUGGUGCUAAGUGAGUUCUAACAUGUUGGGUAUUAAACAUACAAGUACCAGAGUAGCUGGCGCCCUGUCGGCUCCUGCAUCUCUGUUAAUAAACUGGCCUUGAAGACAAACACCAGCAUUUUAAUAUUCACAUACUCAAAGAGAAUGGCUGCAUUAAGUAUCAUGAUUACUGAUCAUAAGAGCGGAAUACCACAGAUUGUUUUUAGUCCCCUCAAACCAAUCAGUCAUAUAAACUGUUAUAGGAGUAAACACCAAAUUGCAACUGCUGCUAUUCUUAAUGAACUACUAUAUUUGAUUUCACUGCUGCUUAAACGAUCAGCUGCCUUACAAAAACGUACGUACGUCUUGAACCAACAACAAUUGCUAUCGGUUUUGAACAAUUGCUAUUGCUGCUAUUUGUAAUGAAUUGCUAUAUUGAUUAAUUUUUUUCUAUUAACAUCUUGAUAUACUGUACAGCACUGCUUACAUAAGUAGCGCUUUAUAAAUAAAGAUAUACAUACAUAUGAAUUGCUUGUGAUACACUGAGUGAUAUGUAUAUGGUUUUAUGAAUUUUUAAUAUAGACUGUCCAGCCACAGGGUAUUAAUUUUAUACUUUUUAAGAAAUAUGUAUGAUUAAAUUGGCACCAAAUAACUCACCGUAUUCUCAUUUUUUAGAAUUGGUAAUAUUUAUCAUGGAGAACAUUGAAAAGGGGGGAGUAUCCCCUGAAACAUCUUGU